AGUGUUCGUAUACAAAAGAAACUAAAAUUAAACAAACAGAAAUGUGCGCAAACUGGACAGCAGUCGAGAAUACGGAGCUCCUUACUAUCCGCGCUGAAGCUGAGAUCGUUCGCCAGCUCAGUGGAACGGUACGUGAUGCGGUCGUGUAUGAGCAAAUAAAAAUAAAAAUGCAACAACGUGGUUUCUCGAGAGAGAAAGCGCAGGUCAUCAGUAAGCUGAAGGCUUUGAAAAAAAAAUUUCAACAAGUGCUGGAUCACAACGGAAGGAGCGGCAGUGGAAGACUAGACUGGCCUUACUUCAAUUUAUGCUACAGCAUAUGGGGAACAAGCCACUCGGCUAACCCAGUAGUGUUACUGCGCAGUAUGGCGGCGUCUCCGUGUAGGAAUGACGAACAAGAGACAACAGCAGAGGUAGCCGCUUCUUCUUGCACCGUUGUGUCCACAGUUGCGUUCAGCUCGGAGACCGUCGACGCAAUUUCCAGGGAAAGUAAUUCAGAAUCACCUCAACCACCCCCUGCGAAAAAAGCCAGAAAACGCCAGCCCAGAACAGAUUUGAUCAUGAAAGAGGUGAAGGACCUCUUUUUUGAAAUGGACCGAGACUUUGAGGAGAGGGAAAGUGUCCGUUUGGCUGAGCAGAAGGAGUAUGAAAACCAGUUGAGGAGGUAG